AUGAAAAACUCUUAUGAAGAAACUUUGGACCACCUGGAGACCUUGAAGAGAGAGAACAAGAACCUGCAGCAAGAAAUCUCUGAUUUGACUGAACAUAUUGCUGAAUCAGGAAAGACAAUUCAUGAGCUUGAAAAGGGGAAGAAGACAGCAGAAAAUAAGAGAGCAGAAGUCCAGAUUGCCCUAGAGGAGGCAGAGGCUACACUGGAGCACGAAGAAUCAAAGAUCAUCCAUAUCCAGCUCGAGCUCACCCAGGCCGCGAUGAUGGCAGAAGAGCUGAAGAAGGAGCAGGACACCAGCUCUCAUUUGGAGAGGAUGAAGAAGAACCUGGAGGUGACAGUGAAAGACCUGCAGCAACGUCUGGAUGAAGCUGAGAAUCUCGCCCUAAAGGGCGACAAGAAGCAGCUCCAGAAACUGGAGGCUAGGGUCCGAGAGCUGGAGUCGGAGGUCGAGGCCGAGCAGAGACGUGGAGCUGAAGCUGUGAAAGGAGUCCGCAAAUAUGAACGCAGGGUAAAGGAACUGACUUACCAGUUUGAGGAGGACAAGAAGAAUAUCGCCCAACUUCAGGAUCUGGUGGACAAGCUGCAGCUGAAAGUGAAAUCCUGCAAGAGGCAGUCUGAGGAGGAGGAGCAGGCCAACACUCACCUGUCCAGGUACAGGAAGGUGCAGCAUGAGAUGGAGGAAGCUCAGGAGAGAGCUGACAUCGCUGAGUCUCAGGUGAACAAGCUGAGAGCAAAAAGCCGUGAGAUCGUCAGGGGAAAGGAGGGUGAAGAAUGA